AUGACCGUCGCGGGAGAGGCCCUCCAGACCAACAUCACCACCCUCUGGCCUCUCGUCCUCCCCAUGUCCGAGCAGCUCCUCUUCCUGGCAACACUCAUCGCGAAAAAGCUCCAAAAGAUGAAGGUCAAGCCCUACGUGCCCGACUUCAAGCUCGCGUUCGAGCACUUUUGCAUCCACACGGGCAGGCGGGGCGUGCUUGAUGAGCUCGAGAAGAAUCUGAAUUUAAGCAAGUGGGACAUGGAGCCUUCUAGAAUGACGUUGUAUAGGUUCGGGAACACGUCGAGCAGCUCGCUGUGGUACGUGUUGGGCCAGUAUGGGGCCUUGACAUCCAGCUUGGCCAAGGGCCCUUCAAAACACAGAGCCGGCGCUGAAUAUAUGCUAACUGCGGGUCAAAUUAUCUAUCACAUACUAUCAUGCAAAUCAAAAUUAUAA